CUUCAAAAUAUUGAAAGCAUGACCAGCGACAUUCAGACAGCAGUCACUUGCACCCUGUGCUGGGAAAUAUUUGCAACAGAAAUCCGGGAUCCGCUAAUCCUUCCAAAAUGCGGCCACACCUUCUGUCGGCAGUGUCUGCGCAAACUGAAGUCCAAGGGCGCCUGGCAUUGUCCCCUCUGCAGAUAUACUUAUACGGGCACAUCAGUCUCAGAAUUGCCAGUCAACUUCAUUGCUCUCAGUGUGAUAUCAGUCUUGAAAGAGAAGCGCUCUGAUGGGAAGAUUCAAGCAGAAUCUAUAAGGAUCUGAUCACUUCACUAGUUCUCUGAAUGGAAAACAAACUCCUUCCGGGAACUCUGCAGCCCGUCCGUCCCCAAGCCGUAGUAGAUAUAGAAAACCUCUACUGCUUAAACGUAUAGAGGCAAAGGAAAGAUUACAGUUCUCUUCGAUCUUCAAAUUUGAUGUAUCCUUCGAAGAGCAGCGCCUCAAGGAAAGAACGAAAACAAAUUCCUCAAGUAUUGUUAAAAAGUCUGCUUUUACUUCUCCCAAUACUGGACGGUUCUCUUUUUUUGCCCAAGAUGACACAUCGGGAUCAGCUCCUCCUUCUGCAUCUGCUAGUGCAUUGUCAUUUAGAUUUGGACAAACGAAGUCGGCUUUGGGUAGCGUGUCCCAAGCCCAUUGUGUGUGGGACAAGGUAGCUUCAGCAAGACCCGUGUCUUCAGUCUCCAAGAACACAUUUGAUCAACCCCCAUUUUUUGAGCCGUCAAUAAACAGACCUACUGUAUCUAGUGGUCAGUCUAAUGGUGAGUCUAUAUGGCAACCAAAGUAUUUGUCAGAGGGGUUUAUGAUUGCCUCUGGCUUCUCAUCUUUGGCACCGAAAGCUGAUCCAAGAGACAGGAGUCAAGAUCCAAAACUUUUGGAGUGCAACGAGUCGUUUAAUUCACCCUCCAGAUCUCUGCUAAAUGAUGUUAAUAUCAACACGGUUUUAAAUAAGAUGAAGUUAUUAACCAUUUCAAAAACCUCCACCACUGAAUCCUCGGGAAUGCAGAAUUUGAGUUCUGAAAUGGUCUUGAAACAGAAUAGAAGUUCUCCUGUGGAAACCCCUAAUGACGAUACUUUUUCCAAAGCAUCAACACCAGAAGAAUCUUUCAAUUUCUUUAGAAUUUCUCAUUUAGACCUUUCAUUAACAAAUGUUUCUACCCUCCAGAUACUCAGAAAUGAAAUACAUUACCAUCAGAAGAUACUAUGCAAAGAAUUUGGAUUAAAUGCUUCAGCGUCAGCUAGAUCAACAUCCACAAACAGUCCAUCUUUGGAAACCUCGGCCCCAAGACCAACCUCAACGCCCAGCGAUUCCUCUUCCAAAACAGAAGCAGCAGAUAACCUCAUCCCAUUCACGGACCCCAAGAAUUGUUAUUCUCUGAAGUUCAACCCCAUGAUACGAAACAAUGCAAAUGCACAUUCUUCUAGAUUUACGCCUAUGGACCAAAGGAUGGCCAUUCUGACUACAUUCCAGAAGCUCAACAGCGAAACGGGAUACUAUGAAAUUAUCACAUCCAAAGGAUUUCUUGGCAGUAAGCCUAGUGUGCAUAGGGUUAGAAAAACAUCGAGGAUACAACAUAACAAGAAAAAGAUAAAUUGGAAAAGACAAGAAAAAUACCAAGAAAGCAAAUGCAGCUCACCCCAUUCCACUUCUUCCUCACCUAGGCUUGGCGCUCAAAAAAAUCUUGAUCUACAGUGUCAGUCCAUAAGCACAUUCUUUCGUGGUCUUGGUGCAAGGCCAAAAGACUUUCAUGCCUAAAAAGAGAGUGUGAAGUUCUUACGACAAACUGGCUAAAUGCAAACUCAAUAGAGGUAAUCACAAUGUAUUUUCCAUGUUCUCGUUUUCUGUUUUUAAUCUUAUGCUGAUUGUGGACUCUUGGAAAACAGGGACUCGUCCACAGGUUAUAUUCGCUAUUUGGAUGGAUUCUUGAUGUCAGUUGUUUUCUUUUCUUUUGCCUUCUUAAAAUAUUUGUAUCGUCGCUUAAGCUUAUAUUACAUUUAUCGCAAAAGAAUGGACACAAGAAAUGUAUUAGCAAUGUCAGUCACCAAUGUGAAAACAUUUAAACCAUAAAAUGUAAUAUAUGGUUUAACACUUUGGGACUUACAAUUACAGAUUUAUGUAUACGGUUAUUCUAAUUACUACAAUACUUUAACCAGAGAGGAAAUAUGUACCUACUGGGAUGUUUUUGCCAAGUCUUUGUCAAUUUUACAAGCGAAUGUCCAAAUUCUUAUAUUAUAGCUAUGAGUUUUGGUUUCUCUCUUAUGUGCAGUCUUCCUCGUGGAUGGAAUUAAUUUUGUUUGUGAUUUCCGAGGAAUGUUGCCUUGUCUUGACAACAGAUAAUUAAAUUUCAUUGGGAUGGAACAUAUUUGAUUUUGUCUCUCGUAAAUUUGUAAACGGAUGGGGUAUUUUCAUAAUGAAUGACUGUAACCAUUGACAUGGAACACAAGUUUUUAUUUUGUCUAUUAAAAA